AUGCUCGUCGACACCUUGCGCCGCGACACCGCCACCUCCAUCUUCGGCCACCGCGUCGAUGGCAUCGUGGUGGUGUCGAAUCAUGCGGGCAGGCAGGUCGAUGAUGGGGCGGCGGCGAGCUUGGAUGCGCCGGAGAGGAUUGUGCAGGCGAUCAUGUACGACUCCGGCAUCCGCAGCGGCGGCGCCGACAUCUUCAAGGCCCUCGCGCUCAGCUUCAUCGGCCCGCCGGCGGCGAGGAAGGCGUCCGCCACGUGCUGGGGGGGGCUCUUGGCGGAUUUCGAUAUCCUGAUGAACGUCGCGGGAUACCCCGACCUGAAGGAUAGUAAUCGCGAUGCGGCUGGAUUCGUUGCCGAGGGGGGUCGUGCGUUCCUGAGGAGGGGAUGGCUUGAGGGAUUUGGAGGUUGAGAUGGUGAUAAAGGGGUUAAAUACCCACCUAACCUGGGAAGGUAAUGACCUGGUUAGCGAGUGAUGGGG